AGGAAGCCUUCCUCUGCCCUCUGGAAGCUCCUCUGGUGAGGAAUAGCAUUUGGAAACCUAGGUAGAAGGGCGAGAUGUGAGCACUGAUGGCUGUACUUAGUGCAGCCCCUGCUUCCUCACCUGCCCACCCCGUCCUGGCAUGGCACUGAUAUCGCAUGGAACUCACAGAGACAAGGUCUCACUGAGUUGCCUAGCAUCUUGCCGUUGCUGAGGCUGGCUUUGAACUCACGAUCCUCCUGCCUCAGCCUUCCGAGGUGCUGGGAUCACAGGUGUGUGCCAUUGCACCCAGUGAACCCCUGAUUGUUUAGGUCUUGUGCAAAAUGAAGCACGUGCCCAGGUCUUCUCAUUGACCUUCUUAUCACUGCGGUAGCAUCUUCUUUCCACUUGCCUUCUGAUGUUGUAGCCCUUGUGAGUAGGAAAUUCCUCCGUGACAGUGCUCAUGGAGCUCGACUUCUUAGCAGGGCAUCGGAGUCCUCACCUUGGAUGUAUCUUGCUCCGGCGAUCUCUCGUGCCAAGGGGUGCCUUCCAGUCACUGCAAGUAGAAAAGAUGUCACUGUGAGGAGCCUCUGCACUCACUGCUCCAUGCACUGGUGGGCGUUGCCACCACCUGGGAUGGUGGCAAUGCCAGUGUCACUGUACUAAGCACUGGGAGAUCCCCGAGUGAUGACAUGGGGCCCUCUUGCCUAGUUGUCCCACUUCUUCUUGUGGCAGGCACAGGGCUGCUCCCAGGUGCUGUAAGUCUCCGUCAUUAAGACCCAUUGGUUCUCACAGCAACUGCCUUAUCUACUCCGUCUAGAAAACCACUCGACAGGCCUUCUGCCCACACUGCCCCACUUCCUCGAUUCCUGCUCUCUCCACCUCACUAGCUCUGUGUGGCCUCCGUCUGCAAACACUGCCACUCCAUCGCCCAAAUGCUGGGUGGCAGCAUCGCAGGGCCCUUCCUCUCCUUGAGUGCGGUCUUUCCUGGAAUCCUGCAGAGGGCUGUGGCCCUCCUCCAUCCCCCUCCUGGGUCCCUUUGUCUUCUAACAUCUUCUCCAUCUAGCACUCUGUUCCCUGGCCACACAUCAGAUCCCUGCUGUGGAGCUUGGCUCUGUUCAGAACUGAGCAUCUCUUUUCUUUUCCCUCUCUUUCAGCACUGGGGAUUUUGUUCAGGCCUUCAUACGUGUCGGUGACAGACCCACACGUCUUGUCCAGCAUGUCUCACACAAGCCUGGAGCCUGGGUCACCACAAGGCACCCCUCCCGCUGCAGCACCUCCCACCUUCUGCUCAGCUGCAGAAGACAAAGAAGAUGAAAAACAUGCAGUUUGCUUUCUUGCCAGACUGAUUUGUUUUGGGAAACAAGUUAACAUGUACUAGGUUUAUCACUAUUUUUUUUAAAGAGAGAGAAUUUUUUUAAUAUUUAUUUUUUAGUUUUCGGUGGACACACGUCUUUAUUUUAUUUUUAUGUGGUGCUGAGGAUCGAACCCAGUGCCCCGCGCAUGCCAGGGGAGCGUGCUACUGCUUGAGCCACAUCCCCAGCCCUAUCACUAUUGUUAAACAAGCUAAUGCUUUUAAGAGUUUUGGUUUUGAUUUGUGAUGCACUGACUGUCCAGAGCUACAGCCACCUGUCCUCCUACUUGGCCUCAGCCCCUAAUCCUCUCAGUGGAUCAGCCAGCGUUUAGUCAGGUGGGUCCCCAGCCCAGCUCUUCUCCUGAUGGGUGCAGAGUAUGCAGGGAGGGGAUGUGGGUUCAUGGCAUAGCCUGCCUUCUGCUUGAUUUUGGAUAGGAAGCAGCUUUCUUUGAAAGAAGCUCAGUCUUAGCCUGAUUUGUGAGGUAAGUCCUGCCUCUCCCUGCCCAGCAUGCAGCCAACUUGCAGGUUUCAGGCUGUGUGAGCCCCUCUCUGUCCUGAAGCAAAGCCAGGUGCAAGCUGGUUGCUGGUGACCUGGGCCACCUUGCAUGGGGUCUCGCCUCUGGCUCAGCUCUCAAGGCAGCUGUCUAAGCAGAGACUGGUUGACCUGUCCCUCCCACACUUCCCCUGUUCCAGGUUCAAAGGCCUGACUUCCUGCACACUGGAGUUCUGGAAAUGUUAUGGCAGCCACACCUUUAAGACCUGGGAUGUCAGUACCAGAUUGUCCUCUCUGCUUCGUAUGCACACUCAGCUGAAUCCCCUGAGGCUGCUGCUCAGAGCCCACCAAGCCAUUCGGCCCUCAGAGGCCUGGAGGGCCUCCUGUCCAAGGGAACUCUGAAGACUUAGGUAUGUGGUGGCCACUCUGGCCACAUGCAGCGUUUUCUCUCUCCCUUCACAGAGUACAGUGCAUCGUUGACCGUGACAAAGGUAUGAGUCCUGGCCUAGCCCAAGCAUGGUCCCCUGUGUCUCAGACCUGCCUUCCGCUCCAUUAACUGCAUUCUGCUGGGUCCUUGUCCUGUGGCCUUGUGCUGGCCAUCAGGCCAUCACUACAAGCCCUGCACGUGGUGACAAAGUGACAUUUGCCUAGCCAGCAUGUGACGGGCGGUGUCUCCGCUUCCUGCAGGGGCUUCUCUUCCCUGACCAAGCCACAGAGCAUGGACCAGCAAGAGGGCCCUCCUCCUGCUCCCACAGAAAAUGAAGUGAAAUAUGAUGCUAAUAACAACGAGGAGGAGGAGGGGGAGCAGUUCGAUUUUGACAGUGGAGAUGAAGUUCCGGAAGCAGACCGACAAGCCCCGGCAGACGCUGGGCCACAGGGCCAGGAGGCAGGUGAAGCCUCCUCCCCUGCUGGAGGCGAGGCAGUGGCAGAACCUGCCCCCCUUGCGGUCCCAGCCAGAGUGAACCCCUAUUCCGUCAUCGACAUCACGCCAUUCCAGGAGGACCAGCCGCCGCCCUCCGACCUGAGCGCCGAGGAGGAAGCCGUGGGUCUGCAGGUGCCCAGCGGGUACUCAGUGCCUGUGCCCUGCGGCUACGCUGUCCCCUGCAGCCUCCCCCUGCUGCAGCCAGCCUACUGCAGCCCCGCCAUCAUCCGCACGGAGUCUGCGGAGGAGGAAGCAGGAACUCUGGAGGUUGCUGAGGACCACCAGCCUGCUUCUCUAAGUUCUGCAGACCCUCCACUCAGUGGUGAUCAAGACAGCCGAGGUGGCAGCGCCCUUGCCCAAUGGGCAGCAGACCCUGCCAACACAGCAUGGAUGGAGAAUCCAGAGGAAGCCAUUUACGAUGAUGUGCCAAGGGAGAAUUCAGACUCGGAACCAGAUGAAAUGAUUUAUGACGACGUGGAGAACGGAGAUGAAGGUGGAAACAGUUCUCUGGAGUAUGGGUGGAGUUCGAGUGAAUUUGAAAGCUACGAAGAGCAGAGUGACUCAGAAUGCAGGAAUGGAGUCCCCAGGCCCUUCCUGCGCAGCAGCCACAAGAAGCAGCUUUCCCAUGACCUCACCCGUUUAAAGGCGCACUGUGAGGAGAAGGUGAGAGGCUUGGUGGCGAGCACGGUGGGCACCGUGGAGGGGCGGCAGCUGCAGCGCAGGCGCCAGCGCAAGAUGCAGAAGCUCAUGAAGGCGGCCAGGGAGGGCACCAAGGACGGGCUGGAGAAGACGAGAGCCGCGGUGAAGAGGGGCCGCUCCUUCAUCAGGACCAAGUCCCUCAUAUCUCAAGAUCACAGGUCUGGUCUUGAUGAGGAGCAGAGUUUGUUCAUUGAUGUGGACUGCAAGCACCCAGAGGCCGUCCUGACACCGAUGCCCGAGGGUUUAUCACAGCAGCAGGUUGUGAGAAGAUAUAUUCUGGGUUCCAUUGUUGAAAGUGAAAAGAACUAUGUUGACGCUCUUAAGAGGAUUCUGGAGCAAUACGAGAAGCCACUGUCGGAGACGGAACCGCGGCUCCUGAGUGACAGGAAGCGGAAGGUGGUGUUCUACCGAGUCAGGGAGAUCCUGCAGUGCCACUCCAUGUUCCAGAUCGCACUGGCCAGCCGCGUGUCUGAGUGGGAUGCCGUGGAGACCAUUGGUGACGUCUUUGUGGCCUCGUUCUCCAAGUCCAUGGUGCUGGAUGCCUACAGCGAGUAUGUGAACAACUUCAGCACAGCCGUGGCCAUGCUGAAGAAGACCUGUGCCGCGAAGCCUGCUUUUCUGGAAUUCCUGAAGCAGAGCCAGGAGAGCAGUCCAGACAGGGUCACACUCUACAGCCUGAUGAUGAAGCCCAUCCAGAGGUUCCCGCAGUUCAUCCUCCUGCUCCAGGACAUGCUGAAGAACACGCCCAAAGGACACCCUGACAGGCUGCCCCUGCAGAUGGCGCUGACAGAGCUCGAAACCUUAGCAGAGAAGUUGAACGAAAGAAAGAGGGACGCGGACCAGCGCUGUGAGGUCAGACAGAUAGCCAAAGCCGUGAACGAAAGGCACCUGGACCAGCUCCUCAGCAGUGGAAGUCGGUACCUCAUCCGGUCCGACGACGUGAUCGAGACGGUUUACAACGACAGGGGUGAAGUCGUCAAGACCAAGGAGCGCCGGCUGUUCAUGCUCAACGAUGUGCUGAUGUGUGCCACGGCCAGCCCCCGCACCUCCCAUGAGAGUCGCCCCACAGCCAGCCAGAGGUACCUGCUGAAGUGGAGUGUGCCUCUAGGGCACACAGAUGUGAUCGAGUAUGGCCCCAGCACAGGGCACCAAGGCAGGUGCCCCACCACACACGCGCCCGAGAGCCUGGCCGUGGUCCCUAAUGCGAAGCCACACAAAGUUUACAUGGGGCCAGGACAGCUGUAUCAAGAUCUGCAAAACCUGCUGCACGACCUGAAUGUCGUGGGCCAGAUUGCUCAGCUGAUAGGAAACCUUAAAGGGAGCUAUCAGAACUUAAACCAGUCCGUAGCCCAUGAUUGGACAUCAGGUUUACAAAGACUGAUUCUGAAGAAAGAAGAAGAAAUCAGAGCUGCUGACCGCUGCAGAAUUCAGCUACAGCUCCCGGGGAAGCAGGACAAGUCUGGGCGGCCCACUUUCUUCACGGCUGUGUUCAACACCUUCACACCUGCCAUCAAAGAGUCCUGGGUCAACAACUUGCAGAUGGCCAAGCUCGCCCUGGAGGAGGAGAACCACCUGGGCUGGUUCUGCGUGGACGAUGAGGGCAGUCACACCAAGAAGGAGACGCACCCUCUCCUCGUGGGACACAUGCCAGUGACGGUGGCCAGGCAGCCAGAGUUCAAGAUCGAGUGUGCUGCUUAUAAUCCUGAGCCUGACCUCAAUCACGAAGGUCAACCCGGUCCAUCCCCUGCGGCGCGUGGCUUCCUGUGGAUUGGAAGUUGCAGUGACCAGAUGGGUCAGAUUGCCAUUGUCUCCUUUCACAACUCCACCCCCAAAGUCAUCGAGUGCUUCAACGUCGAGUCCCGCAUCCUGUGUAUGGGGUACAUUCCUGCCGAGGAGCAGCAACGGGAGCCCAGCACCAUCGUGGACCCUGAGGCCCAGGCCACCAGAGCAUCUGAAGUGCCCACCAUCUGUGUGGGCACGGAGGAGGGAAGCAUUUCCAUUUACAAAAGCAACCAAGGCUCCAAGAAAGUGAGGCUUCAGCACUUUUUCACUCCCGAGAAGUCCACGGUCCUGAGCCUGGCCUGCUCGCCGCAGGGCUUGUAUGCUGGCCUGGUCAACGGCUCGGUGGCCAGCUACACCAAGGCUGCAGAUGGAUCCUGGAAUUCAGAACCUCAAAAAGUGAUCAAACUGGGCGUCCUGCCAGUUAGAAGCCUCCUGCUGAUGGAAGACACCUUGUGGGCAGCAUCUGGCGGUCAGGUGUUCCUCAUCAGCACAGAGACUCAUGCUGUGGAGAGUCAGCUGGAGGCCCACCAAGAAGAAGGAAUGGUCAUCUCCCACAUGGCCGUGGCCGGCGUGGGGAUCUGGAUCGCCUUUACCUCGGGGUCCACCCUCCGUCUCUUCCACACAGAGACCCUGAAUCACCUGCAGGACGUCAACAUCACUGCCCCUGUGCACAGCGUGCUGCCAGGGCACCAGCGGCUCUCUGUGACCAGCCUCCUCGUCUGCCACGGCUUGCUGAUGGUCGGCACCAGCCUGGGUGUGGUUGUGGCCCUGCCGGUCCCUCGGCUGCAGGGGAUCCCCAAGGUGACCGGAAGAGGCAUGGUCUCCUACCAUGCUCACAACGGUCCUGUCAAGUUCAUCGUCACGGCCACAGCCUUACACAGGAAGGACCAGGACAAAGCCAGGGACAGCCCACCUCCUGGCCUCGAGCCCCAGGAUGAAGACCAGAGGGACGUGCUCCCCACUGAGGGCACUGGUGCCAGUCCAAGCCAAGGUGACCUGGACACAGCCAUCUGGUUGGCAGACUCCUUGGGACCAGUGAACCACAAGAGUGACCUGUCCUCUUCAUCUGGGUCUCUGAGCUUGUCCCAGGGCUCCAGCUCACUAGAGCACAGGUCUGAGGACAGCAGCACCUGUGACCUCUUGAAGGACCCCACUGCCCCCCCGAGAAGCAGGGCAUGUCGGCCCAGGAAGGCCAAGGCCAGCUCGGUGCUGGUGGUGUGUGGGGGCCAGGGCCACCGGCGGGUGUGCCGGAAAGCCCGGCAGCAGCCCCCGGAGGAGGUCGUGUCCUCUGUGAUGGUCUGGCAGAUCCCACUGCUGAGCGCAUAGGUGGACAGAGCCUCCUGGAAGGGAGUGGCCUUGGGGCCACCUCUCAGCAGGUGCAGGCCCCUGUGGCUGAGGCCACCUUCAUACCGGCAGAGCCAACUGAAGUGUGUUGGAAAAGAACGUGCAGUGCACCAGCGGCUCCCGCCUGCCCUCCAUGUGCAGGGGACAGAGCCUGGUCCUCCCGGGCUGGCCGUCUGUGUCCUACGUGCCCCUGCACCUUCUCCUGUAGUGAAUUCCUGGGGACAUGUAGCUGUUCAGUAAUGUGGGACUUACUAAUAAUAGCUCUCGGCCCUAACUCUGCUUGGCUCAGAUUCCCUACCCUUAUUUAUAUAUUCUAUAUUUGCAAGUUCCAGGGUAGAAUUUACAACAGUUUUUAAAAAGCCAGGUAACACACACUAGACCAGUCAGAAUGGUUUACCUUUGGAAGGGACCUGGGCUUUCCUAAGGGGUCUGAUGCUUGUACCAUAUAUUUUAACAAAGCAUUAUUUUUUAUAUUGCAUUUUCUAUUAAAAAUUAACAGUUAAAGCCAA